AUGUAUUUUGUAUUGAGUGAACAAAGUCAUUGGAACGGUGGCAUUGCGGUGCUACUUGGAACCUUUGCUUCAGAGUCAUAUAAGGCUCAAAUGGUUCACAUUCAGUUUUUUAAUGAUUUGCAUAAGCUGAGUAUGAUUUCAGUGAAAGUGGAAAAAGGUGUAAAAGGUGAUAAGGGCGAUCGAGGUCCACCAGGAUUGCCGGGACUUCCGGGUCCGGAAGGACCCCCUGGAACGUGUCCAAUCGAGUGUAAGCAAGCACGUGAUGGACGUGAUGGUGCUCCAGGAGCACCAGGAGAUAUAGGACCAAUGGGACCACCUGGUCCUCAAGGACCUCCUGGACCACCAGCUCAUGUAAUAAAAGAUAGACUAGAAGGAGCAGAAACAAUUAUAGGUCCUGAAGGACCGCAAGGACCACCUGGGCCUAUGGGACCAAGAGGGCCUCCAGGACCACCAGGGAUCGGGGAACCUGGAUAUCCAGGAGCUCCAGGAAGUCCCGGUCGUUGUGAAAGAUUACAUCCUUCAGAUAUUGAACGAAUCAUCCGUGAUCCUCGGAUUAAGGGUGAAAAAGGUGAUGACUGCCUACCUGAGUCUUCGUUUCAUCGCUCACAUCAUACUACCGAAUUGCCUCCAUAUGACCCUCACCGACACCGUUACACUUUGAAAGGCGAAAAAGGUGAGCGAGGUGAAGCAGGAAUAAUGGGCCCGAUGGGAUAUCCUGGGCCACCAGGUCCUCCCGGACCAGCUGGACCCACAGGAUCACCUGGAAUACCAUCAGCACCUGUUCACCCUCAGUCGUACCCCAAACCGGCACAUAUUGCACCUGGAGGGGUUCAAGUAUAUCCAACAACUAUUGAAUUGUUUACAGCAUCUCAAGGUAUGCCCUUAGGUUCCUUGACCUUUUCCAUAUCAAGUCAGCAGCUGUUUAUUCGUGUAAGCGGUGGUUUUAAGGAUAUCAAAUUGGAAAGUUUCCACCCUGUUCUCGAGCAUCGCCCAUCAGUCGUAAGUUACUUCACAUUUCUGCUAUUUUUGGAUGAAUUUUUUGGUUAUGCAAAAAGCAAUAUUUGUAGAGGAGGCGACUGA